AUGACCUAUACAGUCAACUGCUGUGAUGAUGGUUCCAGAGAGUCUGUUGGGACGAUAGUGCGGUUCGACAAUGUCACCAUAUUGAUAGAUCCUGGCUGGAGCAGUCCAGAUGUUUCCUACGAGGAUAGCAUGAAGUAUUGGUCUGGCGUGAUUUCCGAAGUUGACUUAAUCCUUCUCUCGCAGCCAUCUGUCGAAUCUCUGGGAGCCUAUGCUGCGCUUUACUAUAAUUUCCUAGCACACUUCAUCUCCAGGAUCGAAGUUUACGCUACGCUGCCUGUAACCAACCUUGGCAGAGUUACUACAAUAGAAUCCUACGUGGCCAGGGGCUUGAUCGGUCCAUACAAGUCAAAUCGCAUCGAACUUGGGGAUGUCGAAAAGGCUUUCGAUCACAUACAAGCUUUGAAAUACUCUCAGCUUGCAGAUCUGCGAUCUAAGUACGAUGGUCUCACAUUGGUAGCCUACAGCGCGGGAGUGAGCCCAGGUGGCUCUAUCUGGUGUAUCUGCACCUACUUCGAGAAACUGGUUUACGCGCUUCGCUGGAAUCAUACAAGAAGUACUAUUCUGAACAGUUCAUCACUGCUGGAUCAAGGUGGUAAGCCCUUGUCGGCUUUGAUGAGACCGUCAGCAUUUAUAACUAAAUUGGAUCGGUUCGGUUCUCCGAAACCUCAUGGAAAACGUGUCAAGCUGUUCAAAGAUUCUCUCAAAAGUAUUUUAAGUUCCAACGGUUCUGCCAUGAUACCUGUUGAGAUUGGCGGGAACUUCUUAGAUUUGUUCGUACUAGUCCAUGACUUUCUUUACGAGUGCUCGAGGAGUAGGCUAUACACGCAAGUCCCGGUGCUGCUAAUAUCAUAUUCUCGAGGAAGAGCUUUGACUUAUGCGAGGUCAAUGCUCGAAUGGCUGUCCGCAUCAUUACUGAAAAUCUGGGAAGCUAGAGACAACAGAUCCCCCUUUGAUUUGGGAGGCAGAUUUCAUGUUGUUACACCAGAAGAGUUAAGCAAGUAUCCAGGGCCUAAAAUUUGCUUCGUCUCGCAAGUAAAUUUGCUGAUUGACGAGGUAAUCACCAAGCUGUGUCAAGCGGAAAGAGCUACAAUAAUUCUAACGUCAGUCGGCGACAAAGGUGUGAGAACCAUAUCGGUGCUGCUUCGGCGCUGGAAUUUGGCUCGAGCGCAACAUGCAUUUGAGGAAGGGAAAUGCCUUAAUUUUUCAGAGUCGAUGAGUUUAAGAGCAGUCCAAUUGAAGCCUAUGGCUGAUAACGAGCUGGAAGAAUAUUCCAAUGAAGUCAUCAGGCGCCGAAGCAGUCGGGAAGAGCUGGAAGCAUCGUUACAGCAGGAAGCGAAGCUUGGUGAAAAAUCCAUGGGAGGAUUUAAUAUGGAAGACAGUCAAGGUAAAAAUGUCGGCAUUGAUGACGAGGACGAUGAAGACGAAGAUAACCUGCUGAGUAUCCUGAAAGAGAAGGACUCAAGCACUGCUGUUCAAAGCGCUGUAGAAAUUCCCGUUGAUUUCGUUGUUCAACCAGGCUCUCAUCCGAAACAUCAAAUGUUCCCCUUCCAGCCAGCCAGGAUAAAGACUGAUGACUACGGCACCUUUGUCGACUUUACUUCUCUAUUUUCAAGCGACGACAGUAACUUGAACGGUAAAAACGACUCUGCAAUUGAAGGACUCGAAGAAGAUGAGGAUCCAUACGAUCUUUCUGAGGAACGUCGAGAACCUCUGAAAAAGCCCCGCAGAGAAACCAAGAGAGCAAGAGGUAAAAGUGGUGCCGAAUCGUUCGACAACAUCGAUUAUCUAAACCCACUGCAGAACCCUGUAAACCGUACUGAGUCAACAACCACAGUCACGGUUAAAUGCUCACUGAUUUUCAUCAACCUCGAAAGUCUAGCCGACCAGAGGUCUACGUCCGUGAUCCUACCUGCGUUAAAGCCCAGGAAGGCACUACUUUUGGGUCCUCAAGAAGCUCAAAAUGCUCAGUCUGUCGCCACUUUACAGAAAAGAGACGUUGAUGUCAUUGAGAUGCCACUGAACAAGCCCAUAGAAUUCGUUACCUCCAUCAAAUCCAUAGACAUAUCCGUGGAUCCCGAGCUCGACUCGUUAUUGAAGUGGCAGAGAAUCGGUGACAACUACACGGUGGCGCACGUAAUAGGACGACUGGUCAAGGAAAAAGUACAAGCGAACAAAGCUGAAGUUACGAAGCCCCAAAGCAAGCGCAACCAAAAUUCCAGGACUAAACUGAUACUAAAACCGCUGCAAUCCUCCUUCAAAGCUCAUACCGGUGGUUCCCUAUCCAUCGGUGACAUUCGGCUCGCCGAUCUGAAAAGGAGGCUCACAGACCAGCACCAUCGAGCCGAGUUCAAGGGAGAAGGUACUUUGGUAGUCGAUGGGCAGGUCGCAGUCCGUAAAAUCAGUGACAGCGAGACGAUUGUCGACGGUAGCCCAUCCGAGCUAUUUUACAGCGUCAAGAAUGCUAUCACGGAGAUGCUGGCAAAGAUAUGA